CUAGUGCCAGCCAUAGCUCUGUCCCCAUCGUCCGGCAUACCUCCUACCUCCGUCUUCUUCCUCCUUCUGAUCUCCAUCCCCCUUCUUCCUUGGAAAGCGAGGAGAACGACGACGAUCUAACUCUCUCUCCUCUUUCUCCCUCUUCUCCUUCGUCCUCCUCUCCGACCUCGCCAUGAGUUUCAUCACGGAGCAGGUUCUGGACGUACAGCUGUUGCAGCCCCGUGGCCACAUCUCGAAGAUCCGGCAAGUUUGUCAUCCUCGGCUCAAUACGGAUCUUCGGCAUUUGGCGCAAUUUUUCUGCGACGUGGGUAUCUGUGCCGCCGCCGCGUUUCGAAUCGAGGGGAGUCCUCACGCAGUAGUAUUUGCGGAGGUAAUCACAGUUCGACGGCGAGUGGCUCCCAGAUCGAGCUACGUCAUCACGAUCGCGGCGUUCAGCGGCGACAUCAGCUCGGUCAAUCCGCAAAGGCAUACCGCGAUCUUGACUUCACUGCGCGAGUGGACGGAGAAGGUGUCCAACGUGUGGCAGCACGUUCUCGCCCGACCUGGGCACAAUCUCAUCCCGACCUUUGCGCCGGAUCUUGGCGACAUCCGCCGUUCUCCGCGCGAGCGGCCAGUGACGUGGACGCAGACCGGCGAGCAUCCUGCGUGGAUCGAAAAUCCAGAGCUGCUGAUCCUCCAAGCUUGGAGGACUAACGUGGAGGGCGAUCUUCUUGGCUUUCUCUUUGGAUCGGUACGGCCCGGGCGCCGCCAGCUGAUUGCGCAGGAGCUCAUCGCGCCGAUCGUGCAGUUGGCGGACUCGCCCGACAUCUAUUCACAGAGUGACGACAAUCCUGCUCCGCACGUUCUCGAGCGGUCACUAGAUCCAUAUCUUCAGUGGACUGCGUGCUUGGAGGAGCUCAGGGACGAAGACACGCUGCCGUCGCGGCAGGAGUAUCUGAAGCCGUACGAUAUCAUCCCUCACGCCUUCUAUCCGAGGGCAGAGGAAGUGGUGAUCGGCGACGACGACGACAAGGAGGACGAAGACGAGGAAACAUCGAAGGAGGGAAGCUAUAGCGAAUAUAGCGAGGGCGAGCUGAGUGAAGGAGAAGAAGAGGAAGAAGAAACCGACUCUGAGUGGGAAGCCUUGCCGGAGGAAGCGACGCGCACGGGAACGGAGGUCGAAGAUCCGAAAGCGGCGCGAAAGCGCGAUGAAAUUACCACCGGGAAGCGCCAGCUGGAGUUCACCAGCGAAGCCAGCCUGCGCAUCGGCAACGAUACGACCAGAGAUCCGGAGCCGCCAAAGCCCGAAGAUGGCGACCCUGCAGCCGCCACCUCCAGUACCGCGCGACGGAGACGGAGCCGAUCCCCCUCCUCCCCCAGCCCCACCCGUCCCUCAUUUCGCCCACGUACAGAUGCGGGCGAUAGGCCUUCGUCCUCGGACGCUAUCCCGUCGACCCCUUGAUUUUCUCACCCUCGAGCAGAUCCGCACCCCCGUCACCUUCCCUCCCCAUCCCUUCCUCCCCCAUCUCUUCCGCGACUUCUACUCUACCCACCUACUCG